AGACAGUUUGACACAGCCAAACAAGAGGAUGUUGGAAUUGAGCUGAAAGUGAAAGCUACAGUGACACUGGUGGACAUUUCGGAUCGUGAUCUGUGGAUGGAAUUACGAAGAGAUAAAAGGUGGGUCCCGAUAAAACCACUUUGAAGAGCCGUAACAGUAGUUACACUACAACUGGUAGACUACAGUCACACAGGUAGCUAUGACUUCCAGAAAGCCCAGAAGAAGAGGUUUUUUUUCUCAUGAAUUCUGUUCCACCCACUGGUUAAUUCCUCUUUCAGUUCCUGAUUAUGCUGCUGGUUAAACUGAUGUAUUUAGCUCUUCAAUUCUGUUCUUAAAGUCAGAACAAAACAGAAGAGGAGCAAGUUGGAUUAAAUCUAAACAGAUUUCCAUUCAUCUACGUCUCUGUUUCUUCGUGAUACCUGGAAUAAUCACUAGACUCCUGGAAAAGGGGGCUCCCAAGCGUCUGAGUCUGAGCAACCCUCUGCCGAUAUGAACAAUGAGACUUCGGAGGGCUUCAUUUGUCCACAGUGCAUGAAGUCCCAUAAUUCUGCUGAGGAGCUUUUCAAGCAUUAUGAAGUUUACCAUGAGCCUCAGGAGCAGCCCUCUCACCUUAGCCCGGGCAGGGAUGAUUUGGCUCUUUUGCGGCGGGAAGUGCAGGAUUUACAGGCUUCAUUAAAGGAAGAACGAUGGUUUUCAGAGGAACUGAAAAAAGAACUAGACAAAGCCCAAGGACAACUGAAGCAAGGGGCACAGAAUGAUGGGCAGGCUGGCACAGAGGAAUCGGAGCUGGAGAUGAAGCUGCAUGAAGCUGAGACUGAGAAGUUCAACAUCAAACAGAUGAAAGAUCUGUUUGAACAGAAGGCUGCCCAGCUGGCCACUGAGAUAGUAGACAUCAAGUCUCGUUACGAUGAGGAAAAGAGUCACAGAGAGGUGGCAGAGCAGAGACUGGCCAGUGUGCAGCAGGACCUUCAGAAGGAGAGGCAGGAGAAAGACAGACUUGCCACAGAGCUGCUUCAGAGGCCUGGAGUAGAGGAUGUGGAUGUGCUGAAAAAGGAGCUGGUGCAAGUGCAGACACUGAUGGACAACAUGACACGUGAAAGAGAGGAGGAGUCAGAGCGCCUCAAAAACCAGUAUGAACAGCUGCAGGUUAACUUCACUACCUCAGAGAUUCGUAAAUAUGAGACAACUAUCGCCCAGCUGAAGGCCGAACUGGAAAAGGGUCCCCAAGAAGCUGCUGUUUACACCCAACAGAUUCAUCAACUACAGAGCAACCUGAACAACCUCCAGCAACAGAGUCAGCUACUGUCAGAAAAGUUGGCCCGCAAGGAGAAGGAGAACCAGGAGCUGGAGGAGCGCCUGGGGCAAGAGCAGGCCUCCAAGAAGAACUUGCAAGGCAGCCUGCACCAGAGGGAGCUGGAGCUGCAGGAGGUCCAGGCACGUGCCUCUGCAGGGGAGAGUUCACUUGGCCGGACCCAGGCUGAGUUAACUGAACGCGGGGAGGAGGCGGCACGCCUCAGGCGUGAACUGGCAGAGCUGGAGAGGAGCUACCAGGAGCUCAAGGCUGAGCGCAAACAGCUGCAUCAGCAGAAAGAGGAGAAAGAGAGUCAGGGUCUGCAGCAGCAGAGCGAGAUCAGUCAGCUGCAUGCAAAGCUGCUAGAGACUGAGCGGCAGCUUGGUGAAGUUCAGGGCCGGCUGAAGGAGCAGAGGCAGCUGUCUGGAGAGAAACUCAAAGACAGAGAGCAGCAGGCUGCUGAACUGCAGCUUAAACUGUCCCGAUUGGAUGAGCAGCUGAAGGAGAGCGCCACCAAGUCCACAGAUCUUCAGCACCAGUUGGAGAAAUCCAAACAGCAGCAUCAAGAGGUGCAGGCUCUCCAGCAAAGCACCAAUUGCAAGCUGCGAGAAGCACAGAAUGACUUGGAACAGGUGCUGCGUCAAAUCGGUGACAAGGACCAGAAGAUUCAGAAUCUGGAGGCCCUUCUGCAGAAAAGCAAGGCCAGCCUGAGCCAGCUGGAGGCUGAAAGAGAGGAUCUGUGUGCCAAGAUUCAGGCGGGAGAGGGAGAGGCUGCCUUGCUCAACCAGCUGCAGGAGAAGAACCACAUGCUGCAGGAACAGAUAACUCAGUUCACAGACAAGCUGAAAAAUCAGUCUGAGAGCCAUAAACAGGCCCAAGAGAACCUGCAUGAGCAGUUGCAGGAACAGAAGAGCCAGCUACGCUCAGCACACGACCGCUGCCAGGGCUUAGAGAGGACUGUGACUGAUCUGACUGCCCAGCUCACUCAGAGCAAGGAGAGACUGGCACAGCUAGACACUCAGCUAAAAGCUAAGACAGAAAUGCUGCUUUCUGCUGAAGCAGCCAAAAAUGCUCAGAGAGCUGACCUCGAGAAUCAUCUAGAAACAGCUCAGAAUGCGCUUCAGGACAAGCAGCAGGAAUUGAGUAAGGUCCAGGCACAGCUGGAGGAACAGGGUUGUAGAAUGCAGGAGAAGCAGGAACAGUGUUCUCAGCUGGAAACCAGCCUGAAGGAGAGCAGAGACAAGUUGCUGGCUGCAGAGCAGAAGACUGACACCCUGGAGAGCCAAAUCAAGAAAGCAGAGGCUGAGUUGACAGAGCUGCGCUCAGCGAGGGAGCAGGCACAGAAAGAGCAGCAGAGACAACAGCAGAAGACUAGUGAGCUAGAGAAAAAGAACAAGGAACUUGGUCGUCGGUUGGACACUGAAAAACAGGGGGCUGCAUCACUUCAGGAGGAAGUGCAAAAGAAGAGUUCUGCUUUGGCAGACACAAAAAAGCAACUUGAAGCAGUGGAGAAAAACCGAAGUGGUCUACAGACCAGCUUGGAUCAACUCACCAAGGAAGGAAAAGCACAACAGGCUGAGCUGGAGAAGAAGCUCCAGGGCCAGAGUGUAGAGCUCCAGAAGGUUCAGCAGGAGAGGGACACGCAGGGUAAAGAGCUCACUUCGGUAAAGGAGGCUCUGAGCAAGACCUCUGCAACAUUGAAAGAGAGCCAGACUCAGUUGGAGAAGGCAAAGAAAAACAGUGCAGCAGCUCUAGAGGAGAAGGAAAAAGCUCACCAGAAGGCACAGCAGGAGCUUCAGAAGAGUGUGGAAGCUACAUCUAAAGAACUGAGUACAGCUAAAUCUCAGCUGGAGAAAAUAGCAGAGGUGGAGAAGGGACUUCAAGCCCAGCAGACAGCAUUGAAUGCACAGUUGAAACAGACUCAGGAUGCUCUGAAAGAGAAGGAGAAGGAGGUGCAGCAGCUGCAGGCACAGCUGAAGACAGCUCAGGGUUCCUUUAGCCAAGAAGUGAAGAAACUGCAGAGUCAAGUGGCAGAGCUGCAGGCUGCCCAAACUCAGAAGGUGGAAGAGCUGACUAAGUUGAAGGAGCAGAUGACGGGGCUGUCGAAAGAGCUGAGCUCAGAGAAAAGUCGCUGUGCAGAAGUGCAAAAAACCUGUGACAGUACCAAGGAAACUCUCACCAAACUACAAUCUGACUACUAUGGCAAGGAGUCUGAAGUCUCGGCCAUGCGUCAGGACCUCAAGGUGUGUGAGGACAAGCUGGCUCUUGCUCAGGAGGAGCUGGUAGCCAGCACCAACCAGCUGAACAACCGUGAUGCCCAGAUCCAGGACCUGAAGGCGGCCAGAGCUGCGUUGGAGAAGGACCUGGGCAAGAGAGAUGAAAAGCUCAAACAACAGGAGGAGGCACUCCGACAACUUCAGAAACAACAGGAACUAACACAGGAGCAGCUGAAGAAGGAACACAGUCAAGUGGAGGAGAUGAGGGAGGCUCAGAGUGCUCUAGAGAAAGACCGCAGCAAGCUUAGUGCAGAGCUCAAAGCUUUGGCAGACAAGAGUGAGAAGGAGGUCAAAGAGCUGCAGGCAGCGAAGCAGCUGUUACUCCAGCAGAAAGUGGAUCUGCAGGGCAAAGUGGAGGCGGCUCAGGCUACGCUGGAGCAGGAGAAAAGAGAACACCAAACUACUCGUGACUCCAUCCAACAAACACAGCAGCAGCACAAAGCAGAGACGGACAAACUGCAGAAACAGCUGGCGCUGGAGGUGAAGGCUAAAGAGGAGGUGGACAAGCGGAGGGAGGAUGCAGAGGCUAAGCUAACGAUGCAGGUUUCUGCACUGAAUGAGAAUGUGGCGACGCUGAAGCGUGAGUGGCAGGGCAGCCAGAGGCGUGUGGGUGAGCUGGAGAAGCAGACCGAUGAGCUGCGUGGGGAGAUUGCUGUGCUGGAGGCCACGGUGCAGAACAACCAGGAUGAGAGGCGUGCCCUGCUGGAGAGAUGUGUGAAGGGUGAGGGAGAGAUUGAGAAGUUGCAGGGUAAAGUGGUGGAGAUGAGAAGGAAACUGGAUGACACUACAGCAGCCAUGCAGGAGCUGGGCAGAGAGAACCAAUCUUUACAGAUAAAGCAGUCGCAGUCACUCACACGGAAGUGGGCGGAGGACAACGAGGUGCAGAACUGCAUGUCCUGUGGGAAAGGCUUCUCCGUGACCAUCCGGAAGCAUCACUGUCGCCACUGCGGCAACAUCUUCUGUGCCGAGUGCUCGGCCAGGAACGCCCUGACGCCGUCCUCCAAGAAGCCUGUGCGAGUGUGUGAGGCGUGCUUUGAGGAGCUCCAGGGCUGACUGCCGUCUGCCUCCUCCUCACCCCACCAGCCAGCUGCUCCUCCAGCCUCUAUUCCACACGCUUUACACUGACUCUUCCCGUGCAGGAGAGCUGCUUUACUCAGCCCCACAGGCAGGGGCAGAGAGGAGAGGUGUGGUAGGGCAGCAGGGCUGUGUGGGGGCUGUGGAGAGAGAUAAUUGAGGAGCAGUCUGCCUUUGAUCUGCUGACUGGGCUUGAGGUGGCCGCUCCUCCUUUCUGCCAGAGUGCAGCCGGACCAGAGGGCCAGCCCUCAUCUGAACAGUGCCUUGGUCACUUCUGAGACCGUAUGGGGUUCUGAAGAAUCCAGAGAGAAAAAAAAAGGGAGAGCAGUCCAGCAGCUUGGUGCGCUUGGGCCCUUUUCAAAGUUUAUUUGUAAUAGAAGGGGUUUUAAAUGGUUUUAGCUUCUGGAUGUCAAACUGAGAGAUUUCUGCUGCAAGCUUUUGCUCGUAUUCAGCAUAGCAGUGGUAAAUCUGUCAGAGUAAAAUCCAGGCCUUUUUUUGUUGUUUUAGUUGUUGUUUAUUUGAUGUCAUGAUGUUGAAAGGACAAAGCAGGAUGAGACUGUAUUCUACAGCAGUGGUUCCCAGCCUUAGUUUUGUUUCUAGUCCUGGAGGACCCUCUGCUUAUGUCUUAACACACCUGUUCAAACUAUUCAGCUAAUUACAAACCUCUUCCCUGAGGUCCUGUAGACAAGUCAUUUAAAAACUGAAGAUUUUCUCUGUAUUUCGGUCCUUUUGUUCAUCACAAUCAUUGUUGUGUGGACAAGAAACGCAGAGCUUUGUAUAAAUGCUAACAUUAAAUUGCGUACAGGUUUCUGGCAGAAUUCCAAACACCAUUUUUUUCCUAUGCAAUGAACUACAUAAAGCUUAAAACUACAUCUACACACAGAUAAGACUACACUUUAGAUUUUCAUCAUAUGAAUCAAUGUAAAUGCUGCUUUACUACAAAUAUAUAAUUCUCUGUUUAAGUUUAAAGUUCAUCAUUUAAUGACUUGCAUAGUUCACAGCUUACAAAAACAGUGAGCAAUUUGGCAUUUAAUCUCUGUAUGAGGUACUGUCGCUUCCAACAUGACUAGCAUGCUGAUGGCUGUGUUUCUUUUCUCUGUGUAAAUGUGUGGAAAAUAUCUUUACAAAAAAUAUUGAAGAAAUAUUUUAAAGAUAUUUGGAUACGUGUGGGUUUUGCCCAGGUGAAAAAAGGUGGUGAGUGAAAGCAGGGCCCUUCAGGAUUAGGGUUGUGGGGUCAGAACCACUGCACUACAGCAUACUCUGAAGUCUUAGACUAGUGGAUCCCAACCCUGGCCUUGAAGGACCCUCUACUCUACAUAUUGUAGUGUUUACUAAGCUCUUAAUGCCUGGUUCACACUUCUGGUAUAUGAUUGGUUGUGAUGUGAUCACGAGUCCUUCAAUUGUUGUGGCUUUCGUACUAAAUGACCAGCAGACCAUGAUCAGCUACACUGGGUCACAAAUGACACGAUCUGGCUGCUCUCCAGAAACACAUUUUGUCACAAGGGUACACAAGAACGUUUUGUCAGCAAUCAGAAAACCAGGCUAAACUCAUGUAGUGUAAACUGGGCAUAAGACACAAUAUUCAGCUAAUCAGCUCAUAUUUGAGUUGAAGGUGGUGUGUUGGAGCAAGAGUCCUCCAGGUCUAGGGUUGGGAAGCACUGCCUGAGACAGAUCAGGGUUGAUUCCAGCUUCUUAGAUUGAAUAGAUGAAGCUCUCGUUAGAGACUGGUUCAGAUCUUCUUUGUAACUUUAACUUAAACCUUCUUGAAAAUUCAGGCAUGUUUUCUUUCUGUAAUUUCAGUGUAACCUAACAUGCUUGCGAUGCUGCUCAUAUCUUCAUGAUUGACACUUUUUGUUUCUUUGUAUUUUUAACACAUUUUUAAUGUUUCAUUUAUUAAUUCAACUUUAUCAGGUGCAUUCUGACAGUAUGUAUGCAGACGUCUCUAAUGAUUAACUGGUCAUGAUUCUUCACACAAUCCAUUAUUUGCACAAGCUUAUGCUCUGCUGUUAAGCAAUAAUUGUGGUGCUGUGGCUGUUCUUGUGUGCGCGUUGUGUCUGUGUGUGUGCGUGCGUGUGUAUGCAUAGAAAAGCCUAAAGGUGUACUGAUUGUAUAAUGCGCAAAACAUGGGUUGUCUCAUCAUCAAGCAAUCUUUUACCAUCCCUCAGCAUUCUGCAUCAUCUGUGAGGGAAAAAGUACCUUUUAAGAAGACCAUGAUGCAGUCAUUAUCUAUGUCUAUGUCUACAUGUAAAGAGAACGGCAGUGAUGUCUGCAUGGAUGCUAGAAGCUGCGGGAAUUAACUGAAUGGAAGUGCUAAAUCUGUAACUAAAUGCAGUUUGGACUCCAGGUUCCGUUGUUACCCUGCACAGAUACCUGUAGCUGCUGUCUGGUCCUCUCCAGCACUGUAUUGGCUGUUGUCUAGCUGUGCCACAGUGAUGUGUUUGUUGCUCUACAGGCAGAAGAAGGCUUGCCUCAGCAUUGUGGUGGUGAUGGUGGUACUUAAGUGUAUUUCAGGUGCAUGCCUUUACUUUACUUUUCUUAUUCACACUGCAGUGUCCUUUUUUAUUUUCUUUAAGGCCCUGUCCACGUGUACCUGGAUUUUUUUUUCUUUUUUGGUCAAAAUUUAGGUUUUCAUCCAUUUUGUUUUUUUUCCAUUCACAAGAUAAUGCAGUUUCAGCGAGCUUUUCAAAAAAUGCUUGCCGAUUAGGGCUGCUACCAAUGUUUUUUUUUUGGUAGUCGACUGAACGGUUCAUUAUUUUUCUGAUUAUUUCAUUAGUCAGCAUUUUUUUCUGCCAUGCCCUCCAUCAGUUUUCCUGCAAAACAAGAGUAACAGAUAGACAUGGGAUUCACAGAAGACGUGUAAAUGUGGAUUGUUCUAAUCUGUUUGGGCACUUUUGGUGACCAGCCUAUAAUCCUCCCCCCAACGCGCCAUUUUAAAAUUAAUGAUUAGUUGACAAUGAAAUUUGUAGUUGAUAAUUAUUUUUCUAGUUCACAUUAUUGAUUAUGUUGACUAAUUGUUACAGGCCACACAAUGUGGAGAUUUUUUUAAAGCUCUGUCAUCAGUGUUGUUUACACAGUUUAAACAGACUUUUGUGUAAACACUGAUGGCAAAAACGCAUGUAUGUUUCAGGCUGAAUCUCAAAUACCUCUUUACUCCUUUAUAUAGUGCUACAUAAGGCAUAAAACAGCUACACCUACAUGUAGAUCACCCAAGCUUUCAGAUUUUGAUGUAUAAUUAAAUGUAAAUACUGCUCCAUUACCAAUAUAUAAUACUUGUUAAUAUGUACUAUUUUUCAAUUUAUAAUUUGUAAUUCUGUCACUUGUCUUAUACAUUAUGUAAGUAGUGUAUACUGUCUCUGGAACUAUUUUUUUUUUAAACAGAAGGAGGGCAAGCCUAAAAAUAUAUAAAAAAAAAAAAAAAACAAUCCAUACAUGUAAGGUUGUAGCUUUAAAACAGUUUUUUUUUUUUUUUUUUUUUUUUUUUUUUUAAAAGGAUUUUCAUAAAAAAAAUCAACAAAAAAAAAAAAAAAUGAAAUCCAGAUGUGUGUGGACGGGGCCUAACACACCAAACGCACAUGGAAAUGCAACAGGAGCUGCACAUGUAGUAUGUGUAUCAGUGUAGAUUCAGUUGCGUUUCUUUCUUUUGUGUUUCUCCACCUACCUCUGGACUGUUUGUGCCCCAGCAUUGGUUUUUCCUUCACGCUGCAAGCUCGGUGUUCCAACCACAGAUGUUCCAUGGCAACGCUGUGUUUGACUGUCACCCUUUAUAAGUUAUUAUGGAAGAAGAAUGAAGUCUGUUAAAGAUUAACUGGUGAUUUGAAUGUUAAUUAUACCACAGAUUACCGAUAUCACGCCAUCCUGGUCCUGCCAAGUGCCAUAGCCUACCUGGUCUCGCUCUUCCUAGCAACCGCAACCACAACACGCUAUCUAUCAUUCCUGGGGACUGAAGCAAUGCUGUAAUUAUAUCUGCAAAAUGUUGUAUAUCACAUUCAGGAGAUAAAAAAAACGGGAGAAAUAUUGUAUUAAUAUUGUACAAAGACACAUUUCUUGGGAAGAUUCAUAAAUAAAUGGGUGUCAUUUAUUAUUAUUAUUAAUAGAAUUGUGAAACACAUCACUAUUGUCCAUUUUAGGAGUAACACUACACUGUAAUCGAGUGUGUCAUCAUGUGCGUCAGUUGUGCAUGAGCUGUGACCUGGCUUACAGUCGCAUAGCAGGGUGUUACUGUUCGUGAUCACGUGAGUGUGCCUUAUUUAAGCCGCGCUUUUUUACUGUCACAUCUGCUCUUUUGUCACAUGGAUUAAUUUGACCGCUGUGUGUGUGUGCGCCUAAAUUACCACUAAAAACUGUUGGUAUGGAGAGACUACCUGAAUGGAUUAUGAACGUAAUUUAUGUCAAUAGGUAUUAUUUGUUUUCUAAUUUUUCAUCAAUAUGUUUAAGAGUAAAUAAACUAGGUGUUUCUAUUUUCAA